AUGCAGUUUCCCAGCCACGAUGUAGACGCCGCCAGACGAUGGCUCCUAGCACCGGCUAGCAAGCAGCUCCUAUCCAAUCUUACGCCUAGCAGUAGUCGCUUAGCAUACGAUUGGACGCCUCUAGAAUCAUUGAUCAUGGGGGUGGUUGGCCUGACCAGAGAGUUAUUUUAUGCUUCCUUCGCAGAUGCUUGCCUGACCAUCCUAGGCGGGAAGCAAAACGUGUCAAUCGAACUACCUCAAGACGCCAGACGUCGAAUAUGCUUUUCUGUUGGCACAGAGGCUUUCAGCGUCAUACUAAGAAUUACGAAGGUCGCAUGGAAAGACGUUAUGCGGGACUGGCUUACGGCGGCAUUGAUAGCCUUCGCCCCGCAGGCCAUUAACAUUUGGAGGUCUCGGGAUUGGAAUUGCGCCCGCAAAGUUUCACAAAAUAGGCAGGAGCCACAGACUCUGCCAGGUGAAUACAAGACGGCAUCUAUGCAUUGUGCGAGCAGCUCAUGCCUCGUAGACCAAGGACGAUCUUCGAGUAACGAGCAGAAAUCGCAUUUCUCAGUUGCCGUGGAGAAUAGGCGGGAGAAGCACCAAGAACCCGAAUAUGUGACGGGAAAUCAUGAUGAGACGGAGUGGGACUACAAGGAAGCUGCAAUGAAACAAAAAGAAAAGCGGGCAGUGUUGGACAUUUCAUAUGUGAAGGCACUCAAAUUGGAUGAUAUGGCUCAGCGUGCUGUACUGCAAAAUCCCGCGAAUCGCCAGGUAGUUAUGGAUCGCGUACGAUGCUCGGUCGAAGCACGGAGGCAGAUAAUUGAUUUCCAUGCAUCUAUCCAUCGGUCUUCUACUCCUGCCGCCUCGAUCGACAUCGACAACAUUCUUCUGUCAUUCAACGGUCUCCUUAAUCAUCAUUCGAGAUCACUUGCAGGCACAAAGAUUCAUACGGUCAAGAAGAUCAUUGAAGUUGGUAUUCUGUCGAAGUUAGACACAGACUUUUCUUACCAGACCAAGAAAGAUGGUAUAUCAACACUGGUUGCUAUGAUGACAAGUAUCCUGGCUAAAGGCGGUGAUGGCGAUUAUGCCUCAGUACUCGAAGACGAACAACUCCCUAACGUGCUUGGUCAAGCUAUCCUCGAAAUUGCACAACUGAUGUCAACUUUUGAUCGCGAACAGCUGGCUAAGGAGAAACAUCUUCUUCAAAUGAUUUCUAGUAUCAAAGACUUCAAGUAUCAGGGCCAACGACCUUGGGAAUUGCUUGAUGAAUUCGUGUCUCUUUUCUCGAGGACGUAG